UUAAAACCGAUAAUGCUCGUAAACGAAAAACAUCGAUGCGGUCUGCGUUCGACUGCGAAUCAAAAUUAGUAUCACGCGGAACGGCAAGUCGUAUCGUUGAACUCCUCGCCGAUACCUGAAAACUUCUCGCCAAUUACACGAAAUAGCGGCUUCUCGCGAUGGCGCAAAAAUACAGACGAACGAUCGGCUACAAAAUACUCUGUAUGAUCGUCGUUCCGUCAAUGUACUUGAUUUUUGUUAAUACGUUAGCAAUAUUUCUAUCGAACAAUCCAGCAAGCGCAGCGAGUAGCGCUACGGACACGCAACUUCGCAGAUUAUUGCAAAUCGGACCAGCCGGAAAAAAUGAAGCAGACAACUGUACUCCUCCGGCGAUCAAAGAGUUUCCAUCGGAUGGCCUUACUCGUCAACAAAGACAAUCGGGGCUUAUAGCUGUACAUUUUGUAAUAGCGAUUUACAUGUUCCUGUUACUCGCUAUUGUUUGCGACGAUUAUUUCGUGCCAGCGAUUAAAAAAAUUUGCGAACAGAUCAACGUGACGGAGGAUGUCGCGGGGGCAACAAUUAUGGCAACAGCCAGCUCUAGUCCAGAAUUGUUCAUCAAUAUUGUAGGUACUUUUGUCACGGAAGGGGAUUUGGGAGUCGGCACGAUCGUUGGUUCUGCCGUUUUCAAUAUAUUGGCCGUCCCUGCUUGUUGUGGUUUAUUUGCAAAUCAGGUAUUAAAUCUAGAAAUAUGGCCAGUAACGCGAGACACUAUCGCGUAUGCAAUCACAGUACUUCUACUAAUUUUAACUUUACGAGACGGCCGUAUCGAAUGGUACGAAGGAAUGAUUCUCGUUUUGUCGUACGUGCUGUAUAUCUUCGUAAUGUGUUUUGAUCGAAAGAUACAUCGAUUCUUUCAAUGUGCAACAAGAACAAGAAAAAAGUACAAGAACCUUUCCGAAUCAAGUCCCCUACUUUCUAAUGACUUGGUUAAAAACACGGACAUUAUCUUUUUGGAGUCGAACGAUGAAAAUGAAUCGUAUGAUAUCGUAAACAUGACAAAAUGGCCAGAUUCGAAGUGGGAACGAAUUUGGUGGUUGCUUACAUGGCCUAUAAACUUUGCGCUCCUCAUCACGAUUCCUGAUUGUAGAAGAGACACACUGAAAUCUUGGUAUCCUCUUACUUUCAUUAUGUGUAUAAUAUGGAUAGCAACUACUUCGUAUAUAGUUGGAUGGGUCAUCACUGUAAUUGGCGAUACAUUUAGGAUUCCCGAUUCCAUAAUGGGAUUAACUUUUCUCGCAGCAGGAAUGAGCGUCCCAGAGGCUGUGUCGAGUGUUAUCGUUGCAAAUCAAGGACACGGAGCCAUGGGCAUAAGUAAUUCGAUCGGUUCAAACGUAUUCGACGUAUUACUUUGUCUUGGAUUACCUUGGUUCCUGAAGGCAGCAUUUUUCCCAAAAGCUGGUAAUCAUUACGUAAUCAUUAACUCACAGGGACUGGUUUACAGUUCUAUAUCGUUAUUUUCUACUCUCACUAUACUGUACUUGUCUCUUCUAAUUGGCAAAUUUAAAUUGACUCGAACUGUUGGAAUAGUCUGCCUCGUUAUGUACGUAAUUUUCUUGAUAUUUGCUUCGAUCCUCGAGCUCAAUAUGUUCUUCGUGGUUAAUCUGCCAGUAUGCAGUAACUAACAUUUGAUGUUUAGUUUGUAAAAACCUCACAUAGUUUUACAAAAGAACAUACAAAACUUCAAAUCCAAGCUCUUCCUCUGUUCUCUUUCGAUAUUUCGAUACGUACCAUUGAAUUAUAACAAUGGAAUAUUUGUUUAACGAUGAAUAAGCCACACUUGUCGCAAAUGAACCAACGUUUAAUUGAUUUGUUAUACUUUUUUGAAUAUCUGCACACAUUCUACUGUACCAUUUUGUGAUGCAUAUAUAUUUAUGAAUUUGUGUAAAACUGUAUGUUGAAUUGAAUAUGUGACUUUAAUAAGUAUAAUGUAUGAAUGUCUGUAUAUUGAGAUACGUAUGUACAUACAUAUAUAUCUCUUUUUGCAAAUAGAUAUUUAUAUAGCUGUUUCAAUAAUUUAGCACCAGUAUUUUUCAAAUAAAUUUCUGAUGUGACAUUGUAGUUUGUAGUUCUCAUCAAAGAUACAAAUGAAACAGAGUUUAUGGUUCUUUGAUAUAUGUAGUGUAACAUAUAAUUGUUGUGUCAUAGUAAAGCAAAUUUAAUUGAAAACGUACAAAUGAACAAAUGUAUCAGAGAGAAAAUACAUUAUUUCAUUUGCUGUGUGUA